UCUUCUAUAUAUAUAUGUGACAGGUCUGCAAAGGAAGUACUCGAGCAGAGUGAAAGAGAUCAGUUGAGAUGAAGAGAGCAGAACUAGUGUUCAUCCCAUCACCAGGGGCCGGCCACCUCGUAGCAGCCUUGCAAUUCGGAAAGCGUCUGCUUCAGCGAGAUGAUCGAAUUUCAAUCACAGUUCUUGCCAUCAAAUCAGCAGCCCCUUCAUCUUUAGGUUCAUACACAGAAUCCCUUGUUGCUUCGGAAUCCCGAAUCCAACUCAUUGAUGUCCCUCAAGCAGAGCUGCCUCCAUUAGAGUUUGCAAAGUCACCAGCUAAAUUUUUCAUUCUAAACAUUGAGAACCAUGUGCCUAAUGUCAGGGAAGCCCUCACUAACUACGUUUCAUCAUUGCAUUCUAAGCCCGACUCGGUUCCAAUUGUUGGAGUGGUUCUUGAUUUCUUCUGUGUCUCCAUGAUUGAUGUGGUCAAUGAACUCAAUCUCCCUUCUUAUCUUUUCAUGACGAGCAAUGCAGGGUAUCUUUCUGUCAUGUUCCACUUUCCGGAGCAGGAUAGCCGGACCGGUGCGCCACCUAAAGACUCCGAUCCUGAUUGGUUAGUCCCAGGUAUUGUCCCCCCAGUUCCUACUACAGUUUUGCCUGUGUCCAUGACAGAUGGUAGCUACUCUAGUUAUCUUGGGAUUGCUGCGAGAUUUAGAGAGGCCAAAGGUAUCAUAGCAAAUACUUGUGUUGAGUUAGAGGCACAUGCUUUUAACUCGUUUUCAGAAGAUCAAACUACGCCUCCGGUGUACCCAGUUGGGCCGGUGCUUGAUCUCAACGAUGGUCAGGCUCGGUCCAAUUUAAACCAGGCGCAGCGUGACAGGAUCAUGAGCUGGCUUGAUGAUCAGCCUGAAGAAUCUGUUGUGUUCUUAUGCUUUGGAAGCUUGGGGAGCUUUAGUGAAGCACAAGUGAAGGAGAUAGCUCUGGGGCUUGAGCAGAGCGGGCAGAGGUUCAUGUGGUCUUUGCGUUUGACACCACCAAAAGGCAGCAAAACUUUGACUCCGAUCGACUGCUCGAACCUUGAGGAAGUCUUGCCGGAUGGGUUCUUGGAGAGGACUAGAGGAAAGGGACUAAUAUGCGGGUGGGCGCCGCAGGUGGAAGUCUUGUCCCACAAGGCAACCGGAGGCUUUGUGUCGCAUUGUGGGUGGAACUCGAUCUUGGAGAGCUUGUGGUAUGGUGUGCCUAUUGUGACAUGGCCUAUGUAUGCCGAGCAACAGCUGAAUGCGUUUCGAAUGGUGAAGGAGUGGGGGUUGGGAUUGGAGAUGAGGUUGGAUUACAAGAAAGGUGGUGAGGUUGUGAAGGCAGAUGAGAUAGGGAAGGCAGUGGUUAGUGUAAUGGAGGACAGCGAGGUGAGGAAGAAGGUUAAAGAGAUGGGGGUGGUGAGCAGAAAAGCUGUAGAGGACGUUGGGUCUUCCUCCGUUUCUCUUGGACGGUUUAUUGAAGAUGUGAUGAGGAAUCAUUUUGGUUCUGAUUAAGGUUAAUGCUUAGGUUGAAAAACUGAUCGAAACCAUGUACUGUUUAUGCUUUUCUCAUCAUGUUCUUAUCUUGUUUAGAAAGUCUAGAUAUCAUUUUCAUAUCGUUCGAUUUUAGCUGCAAAAUAAGGUUCCUUGAACGCUUUUAGAACAUUUGUAAUUUACACACCUAAAUUCUGUGCUUUACUCCAAUUUCUUUA